CCACCUGUUGCUUGGUGCCCCAAGCGGGGAAUGGCCGAGAGCCCGGCGGUCUUUGUGGUGGCCACCGAGGCUGGUUUCAUGAUGGCGCAGUGACUGGCAGCAUGCCUCCUCCCCGGACAAAGGAUGCCAGGGACCACCGAGAGCACCGUCGCCGGGCUCCCGAUGAGGAAGAGGCCCGGGAGAAAUGGGACUGGAACUGCCCCGAGACACGACGCCUGCUGGAGGACGCCUUCUUCUCAGAUGAGGGUUAUAUCCGGCAGGGCUCCGAGGAGUGCCAGCGCUUCUGGGCUUUCUUUGAACGGCUGCAGAGGUUCCAGAGCCUCAGGGUCCCCCAGAGCGAGGCGCGAGAGCCGAGACACCCUUGUGCCAACGUCCCGGCCCUGGCCGACCUCCCGCGUACCUACGACGCACGUUACCGCAUCAAUCUCUCGGUGCUGGACCCCAAGGUGCGUGGCUCAUGGGAGCUGGGCCGCCGCCCGCCGCCCGCCAGGGUGUCCGAGUUCCGCCGCGCACUGGUGCACUACUUGGACUUCGUGCAGAAGCAGGCGUUUGCGCGGCUGGCGAAGCUGCAGCGGGAACGGGCUGCACUCCCCAUAGCCCAGUAUGGGCAGCGCAUCCUACAGACCCUGCGGGAGCACCAGGUGGUGGUGGUGGCCGGUGACACGGGCUGUGGCAAGUCCACUCAGGUGCCCCAGUACCUGCUGGCUGCCGGCUUCAGCCACGUGGCCUGCACCCAGCCCCGGAGAAUCGCCUGCAUCUCCCUGGCCAAGCGUGUGGGCUACGAGAGCCUCAGUCAGUACGGCUCGCAGGUCGGCUACCAGAUCCGCUUCGAGAGCACGCGGUCCGCGGCCACCAAGAUCGUGUUCCUGACGGUGGGGCUGCUCCUGCGCCAGAUCCAGCGGGAGCCCCGCCUGCCGCAGUACCAGGUCCUGAUCGUCGACGAGGUCCACGAGCGGCACCUGCACAACGACUUCCUGUUGGGCAUCCUGCGCCGCCUGCUCCCCCAGCGGCCCGACCUCAAGGUCGUCCUCAUGUCGGCCACCAUCAACAUCACACUCUUCUCCAGCUACUUCGGGGAUGCGCCCGUGGUGCAGGUGCCGGGAAGGCUGUUCCCCAUCAAGGUGGUCUACCAGCCACAGGAGGUGGAGCCGGCCACGUCCAAGUCGGAGAAGCUGGACCCACGUCCCUUCCUGAGGGUCCUGGAGGCCAUUGACAAGAAGUACGCGCCUGAGGAGCGGGGGGACCUCCUGGUCUUCCUCAGCGGCAUGGCAGAGAUCAGCGCCGUCCUGGAGGCCGCCCAGACCUACGCCAGCCACACGCAGCGCUGGGUGGUGCUGCCACUGCACAGCGCCCUCUCGGUGGCCGACCAGGACAAGGUGUUUGACGUGGCCCCGCCUGGCGUCCGGAAGUGCAUCCUCUCCACCAACAUUGCCGAGACCUCGGUCACCAUCGAUGGGAUCCGCUUUGUGGUUGAUUCUGGCAAGGUGAAGGAGAUGAGCUAUGACCCACAGGCCAAGCUGCAGCGGCUGCAGGAAUUCUGGAUCAGCCAGGCCAGUGCCGAGCAGCGCAAGGGCCGGGCGGGCCGCACGGGCCCCGGGGUCUGCUUCCGCCUCUACGCCGAGUCCGACUACGAUGCCUUUGUGCCCUACCCCGUCCCAGAGAUCCGGCGGGUGGCCUUGGAUGCCCUAGUGCUACAGAUGAAGAGCAUGAACGUGGGGGACCCCCGCACCUUCCCCUUCAUUGAGCCCCCACCUACCACGAGCCUGGAAACAGCCAUCCUCUACCUGCGGGACCAGGGGGCGUUGGACAGCUCUGAGACCCUAACCCCCAUCGGGGCCUUGCUGGCUCAGCUGCCUGUGGAUGUGGUCAUUGGGAAGAUGCUGAUCCUAGGCUCCAUGUUCAGCCUGGCCGAGCCCGUGCUCAGCGUGGCGGCUGCCCUCAGUGUCCAGUCGCCCUUCACCCGCAGCGCCCAGAGCAGCCUGGAGGGUGUGGCGGCACGGCGGCCACUGGAGAGCGACCACGGUGACCCCUUCACGCUCCUCAACAUCUUCAACGCCUGGGUGCAGGUGAAGUCUGAACGCAGCAGGAACUCCCGCAAGUGGUGUCGCCGCCACGGCGUGGAGGAGCACCGGCUGUACGAGAUGGCCAACCUGCGACGCCAGUUCAAGGAGCUGCUGCAGGACCACGGGCUGCUGGCCGAGGCCCAGGCGCCGGAGGACAGCUACCACCGGCUGCAGCAGCGCCGCGAGCGCCAGGCCCUGCACCAGCUGAAGCGGCAGCACGAGGAGGGCGCAGGGCGCAGGCGCAAGGUGCUGCGGCUGCAGGGGGACCCGGCCGAGGACUCCAGCGACGAUGACGGGCAUGCUGGCCGGAUCUCCCAGGGCGCCGAGGGCGAUGUGGACAUCCAGGAUGUGAAAUUCAAGCUGCGGCACAACUUGGCACAGCUGCAGGCAGCUGCCAGUGCCACGCAGGACCUGACGCGGGAGCAGAUGGCCCUGCUGAAGCUGGUGCUGGGCCGGGGCCUGUACCCGCAGCUGGCCGUGCCAGACCCGCUCAACAGCGGCCGCAAGGACUCCGACCAGAUUUUCCACACACAGGCCAAGCAGGGCACCGUGCUGCACCCCACCUGCGUCUUCACCAACAGCCCCGAGGUGCUGCACACCCAGGAGCAGGAGGCUGGUGGCGGUGAGGGGGACCAAGGGGACAAGAAUAGGAUGAGCAGCAGGCACCAGCUCCUGGCCUUCGUGUCCCUGCUGGAGACCAACAAGCCCUACCUGGUCAACUGUAUGCGCAUCCCCGCCCUGCAGUCCCUGCUGCUGUUCAGCCGCUCCCUGGACACCAAUGGUGACUGCUCCCGCCUGGUGGCUGACGGCUGGCUGGAGCUGCAGCUGCUGGACAGCGAGAGCGCCGCGCGGCUCCUGGCGGCUGCCCUGCGGCUCCGUGCCCACUGGGAAAGCACCCUGGACCGACAGCUGGCUCACCAGGCCCGGCGGCAGCAGGAGCGGCAGCGCCUGGAGGAGGAGCAGGAGGCUGUGCCCAUCAGCCGCAAGGAGGUGGCGGCCCUGAGCAGGGAACUGCUGCAGUUCAUGGCGUCCAAGGUUCCCUACAGCCUGCGGCGGCUCACGGGGCUGGAGGUGCAGAACCUCUACGUGGGACCCCAGACCGUCCCAGCAGCCCCCAGCCUCCCCGGCCUCUUCGGCAGCUCCACCCUGGCCCCCCACCCCACCAAGGGGGGCUACGCCGUCACCGAGUUCCUCACCUACAACUGCCUCACGAGUGACACCGACCUCUACAGCGACUGCCUACGAAGCUUCUGGACUUGCCCGCAGUGCGGCCUACACGCGCCGCUCACACCGCUGGAGCGCAUCGCCCACGAGCACGCCUGUCCCCAGGCCCCGCAGGCCGGCACCCCAGGGGCUGAAGAGGCGGCCCCCGAGCCCACCCCGAAGCCCUCGGCCCUGCAGCGGCCCUACCACUGUGAGGUCUGCCAGAAGGACUUCCUGUUCACGCCCACUGAGGUGCUGCGACACCGGAAGCAGCACGUGUGAGCCCGUCUGGCCCGGGCUGGGACUGCUCCUUCCGGAGGUCUGGAGUGGGACCGACUCCUGUCCAGGAAGCUGCCCCGGCUGGCUUUGCGCGCCCCGGAGUGUGGGUGACCGGCUGAGCAAGGACCCUGGGGUGGGCAGCAGUGGGAGAGUGCCCCUGGGGCUGCGGUGCCCGCCGACUCAGCCUGGCAGGCCCCACCUGCUCCUGGACCUUCCCGAGGCCUGGGAGUGCUGGCGACUGGAGAGUUCUCUGAUCCUCUCCCUUUCUGUUUCAAAUAAAUGUUAUUUUUGAAAGA